AGGAGGUUAAGAGAGCAAAGCACAACUUCUAUCAGCAGCGGACAAACACACAGUCUGACACACUCGUACACACACAGAUCAGCACAGGACUGUCAUACACACAACUCUGUCUUCCUGGGAUAUGAACACUCUCGUCCUCACCUGUCUCCUGUGCUUCGUAGUCUACAGAGCUCCUGGCACUCAGGGAUCUGAGGCCAAGUUGACCACUGUACUAGCUGGAGUGACAGGGGGUCCAGCCUCCGGGGAGGGCCUCCUGAGUUCGAUGAGCUAUGAUGAUGAGCUGGAUGUAGACGAAGAACUGUCAGGAGGAGACGACGAAAAUUUCAGCCUUCCUGAAUUACAUCUCAGUAAAGAUGACAAGAAGAAAAGGAAAGGCAAAGGCAAGAAGAAGAGCAGGCUCAGGAACAAAAGCACAACUCCUUUUAAUCCUGAGCACAGGUUCUCCACAAGCGGACACACAUCGACUCACACACUGACUCACAGCACCACAGAGGACCCCUGCACCUCCACCCACCAGGACUACUGCAUUCAUGGUUACUGCAAGUACAUCGAGGGCCUGCAGGAGCCGGUGUGCAUAUGUAUGAAGGGUUACGACGGAGAGCGCUGUGGGAUCCACACUCUGGAGACCAAGUUCAAAACCCCCAUGGAUCAGAACAACACUGAGCUGGUGCAGACAGUCUUAGUGAUCAUUGCUGUAAUCCUAUCAGUCAUCAGCUGCACGGCCAUCCUGCUCAUGAUCUGUGCUCAUUACAGGUCGCAUAAAAACUUCCUGGCAUCCUACCUGGGAACUGGGUCUGAGCAGGAGAAGCUACAGAAACCGAUGGCUGACAUUGUGGUGUGAAGGCAUCGGGUUACAAUGAGCCGGCUGCAAGAUCCAAAGACGAUGCAGAUCAAAGGAGUCUGAAGAUCUGAGAAAGAAGUAGAUUGAAUCGACUGCUUUAUUAGAUGCUUCAUAUUGAACA